AAAGCAAGUAUGUGAAAAAUUAGACCUAAACUUUUACAGUUCAACUAUCUAUAAAACUCGAAAAAAAAAGUCAUCAGAUAGGUUCUUCCUAAUAUAGAACUUUUAGCAUCAAAUUCAUCAUCUGAGUUCUGAAGCAUCAACAAUGGCGACCGUAUCAGCUUGGCCGAACAAUCCAAACACUAACCCUAGCCCUAAUUCUUCAUCUUCUUCUCCCCCUUCUUCUUUUCUCUCCGUUGUAGAGCCCAAUCAUCAAUCUACACCUUCAUCACCGCCAACCUCCAUGUCUCAGCAAUCUGAACACCUCUACUUCGACUCAAAUUCGGAAGAAAUUGAUUCUCUCUCUCCUCCGCUUCCUCCUCCUUCUCUUCCCCCAAUUCGUACUUCUCUCUCUGAAAACCCUAACCCUAAUUCGGCGUCUUCGCAACAACCCCCUACUCUUCUCCAUGUUUCGUUUAAUCAAGAUUCUGGGUGUUUUUCCUCUGGUACAGAUCGGGGGUUUCGAAUUUACAAUUGCGAUCCGUUUCGAGAGAUUUUUCGGCGAGAUUUCGAUCGAGGUGGAGGUAUUGGGAAGGUGGAGAUGUUAUACCGGUGUAAUAUUCUUGCUUUAGUUGGUGGAGGACCUGACCCUCAGUACCCUGUAAAUAAGGUGAUGAUAUGGGAUGAUCAUCAGAGCAGGUGUAUUGGGGAAUUGUCGUUUCGGUCCGAGGUUCGUGGGGUUCGGCUUCGUCGUGAUCGAAUUGUGGUGGUUUUGGAGCAGAAGGUGUUUGUUUAUAAUUUUGCUGAUUUAAAGCUGUUGCAUCAGAUUGAGACCAGUGCUAAUCCAAAGGGGUUGUGUGAGGUUUCGCAGUCGGCAGGGAAAUUGGUGUUGGUGUGUCCUGGAUUGAGAAAGGGUCAAGUUAGGGUUGAGCAUUAUGCUUCUAGAAAGACUAAGUUUAUUAUGGCUCAUGAUUCGAGGAUUGCCUGCUUUGCUUUAACACAGGAUGGAGGUCUUUUGGCUACUGCGAGCUCGAAGGGGACGCUUGUGAGGGUGUAUAACACUUUUGAUGGUACAUUGCUUCAGGAGGUAAGAAGAGGUGCAGAUAGAGCAGAGAUAUACAGUUUGGCUUUCUCUACAACUGCUCAGUGGUUAGCUGUUUCAAGUGACAAGGGCACUGUACAUGUUUUCAGCUUGAAAGUAAAUUCAGGUGUCCCAGUAAUUGACAAUCAAAAUCCUCCUCCUGAAAGCAAUGCUGCUGGUGCACCAGCUGGUUCAUCUCUUUCUUUUAUUAAAGGAGUGUUGCCUAGGUAUUUCAAUUCAGAAUGGUCAGUUGCUCAAUUUCGUUUGCUUGAAGGAAAUCAGUAUAUUGUUGCAUUUGGGCAUCAAAAGAAUACAGUGGUAAUUCUUGGCAUGGAUGGAAGUUUCUACCGAUGCAUGUUUAAUCCUGCGAAGGGUGGAGAGAUGACCCAACUGGAAUAUAACAACUUUCUAAAGCCAGAGGAACCCUUCUAACAGGAGGAGCACAGGAGAUAAAGAACAUAGCACUCCCCUUGACUUUUCUCCCUUUUGAUGUAUAUUGUUUAUGAUUUUCUUUCACCAUUUUGAUGUAUUGAUAAUCCUUCUGAGACGUACUCUCAGCAUGUUUAUGUUGUAAAUAUUGGGUUAAUGAUCAUUAUAACUGGAUGUUAUCUAAUUGAUAAGAUGUGAUAUAUGAAGAUGUUUAUUUACAUUUUA